AGUAAACCUCAUGAAAACUUGCAAUUUCCGUUUUCGUUAGUGAUCUUUCCUUCACUGCUGUUACUGUUACCUCUGAACACCACGACCGUCCCCCUCCCGCACGCCGGUCCAUCUCCGCUUAGCCAGAAUUCACUUGCUGGACAGAUUGACAUGAAACGCAGAAUUAGGGACUCCGAGGUUGUUCAGCCAGUUUCUGCCAAGCGUGUGGCAUCUUCAAGCUGCGACACGGCCUGUGGAUCGUCCGAAACCUUGCAUCCUCAAGCGGCGUCGCCUUUCCUCGUUGGGUCCGUUCCGCCUGUACAGGGCGCCUUCUUCCCACAAGAAGUAUGGCUUGCGGUUGCUGCACAGAUGCGGGAUGCUCUCGCUGCCCUACCAGGGUGGAUUCAAAUGGCACAAGCUAGCCAUGCUGAUCAGUUUGAGCUGUAUUCAUCAGUUCCCAGCGCCUCUUCGCCUCUGGAGUUCAUGUCACUUCCUCAUCUUUCUCAAGCUCAGAGCUUGCCGGAAGUUCAACCUUCGCUGCAUGGAACCACCAGAUAUACAAAUACCAUUACGCGGCCAACCAACGACGCGCAGCCGGAAACUGGCUUCGCAACUUCGGUGGCCUGUGCUCAGGCCUCGGCAUCGGUAACGGCAGGUUCGGGCGCAGCAACAGCAACCGCCGCCCCGGCAUCAUCCGCUUCCGCUCGUGCUUCGAUCUCAGGAGCGGCGGCAGACCUCCCAGCACAACCGGCACCCGCAGGAGUAGACUCGGGCUCUUGCUCUAGCGAGUGCGACACAGCGGCAGCCUGCGGUUGGUUCAGCAAGUGCCGUGGGUGCUGCCAGCUGACCGCUGGGGAGACUGAAAUCCAUGGACAAGUCAUUCCCUUGUGUCGUGGCUGUUCUAACUCCCUUUGGAAAAGAACAUCCGCAGAUCGUGAGCACAUGGUGCAUCGACUGCUGCGAGCCCAUGCGACUCUCUGCCAGCGAGAAGCAGCGGGGGCCUUUUAAGGUUGCCGUCCAUGUUACCCCUUGCGGUUUUGCACGUCAUAUUUUGUCGUAGCAUUGCAAGAGUACAGACGCAUCAGUCAUCUAGUCUCGUACCCACAUGCAUGACGAUGGUAACGAUGAAGACGGUUGUGGUUGACAUCCUUACCUUCCUUUGCUGUAGCCAUAAUUACGACUCAGCGUUUGUCCUGCCAACUGGGUCGUAAGGUAACUGUGUAUGAAAUUGGCAUCUGUGUAUCAAGUUGGCUUGUUACUUUUUUCCAUGCAUCUCGUGAGGGUUGCGUUAUUGAGCUCACCGGCAUUACUUUGCGCGCACGCAUAUGACACUACUAUCAAUACAUGUAGAGCUGCGAGACCUAGAUAUACGCGAUUAACCUGACCGGCGAUGCGGUAAUGCCGAGGGGGUGAAUAAGGUAUUAGUGUGCUGUUCAUGUUGGAAAUCUGUUGCUGGAGUCCACCUCGAGGACUGCAUUGUGAUCUGUCGAUUCGCGGCAUAUGUAUAUUGUAUUGGCACUUGGCAACUGGUGCCUUGGGAUAGUGUAUAUGCCAUUAAUGAGCGGGAACUGGGAGGGUAGGAUGCCUGACCACAUUGCCGAGUGCGAAAAGGGAUAAGGGUUCCUGGCUAUGUGCUGCGCAGGUUUGGCUGCAGCGCACUGCGUCUGGGUGCCAUAUGGGUUUUGUAUGGAUAAAUGGGACCGCAGGGCCCAGUUAAACUUCCACAUAAGGCGUGUCAAGCCUACAGGGUGCCUGCUGCGGCUUAUUGUUAGCCCGGUAGCGUUUCUCGCUUGUGUCGCCUUGUGCCUGCCGUGUCUUUGUAUAAGCUUGGCGUAUUGCAUGGCGGAAUGUGUAUUUUCAGCGCGCCUAUGACCGCUGUAUGAACACGUGGUUAUGUCCCUCGUGCUUUCUCAAAUUUGGUUUACGCUGGCGCAAUGUUUGUGGUCUGCUUCUGUCUGCAAAUGGGAGGUUAGGCGUCGAAAGCCAAUGUGAUUUUUAUGCGAUUGCCCGGGGAUUUGGUGCUGCAGGGAGGCGUGAACAAUGGAAAGCGGGAGUAUAUAGUGG